UGAAUCGGUAAGGAAGUGUUGACGAUGUCUUGCUGCUCAGUGGUCAUGUGAUGUUUACAGCUCUCACCUGGUGGCAGCAGAGAGAGGAUGAGAUAAAAGCUGAUGACAGGAAGUGGAUCUGCCAGAGCAGCUGUUCUGAUGAUGUGGGGUUGUAGUGGCAGUGACCUCUGUGACCUCUGUGACCCUGCUGGGUGUGUGAUGAUGAUGAUGCUGUGAUGCUGAGCAGGAGUGCGCUGAACGUGACGCUGACGGGGCCUCACCAGGGGGUCCUGGGUCUGGUGCUGUUCACCAUCGUCACCACGCUGCCAUGCUGCGUGUUCCUCUUCAUCAACCUCACCAUGCUGUACACGCUGCGCAGCCGGCCGCUGUUCAGAGAGGCGUCCCGCUACGUGCUGCUGUUCAACCUGCUGCUGGUGGACACCGUGCAGCUGUUCCAGAGCCAGUCCAUGUUCCUGCUGUCCGCGGUCAGCCUCUCGCUGCUGUACCCGGUGUGCGCCGCGCUCACCGCCUUCAGCAGCCUGGCCCACUGUGUGUCCGUGGUCACGCUGGUCAGCAUGUGCCUGGAGUGGUGCGUGGCGGUGUGCUACCCCCUCCGGCACAGCGCCAUCGUCACCCUGAGGAACACCGGCGCCGCCAUCGGCGUCAUCUGGGGCGUCAGCUCCUCCCACGUCAUCGUCCAGCUCAGCCUGAUGCUGUCCCGCUUCUCGGUAGCUGACCUGGGGGUCAUGCAGAUGGUGUACUACUGCGGGAAGGAGAGCGCCUUCAUCGACCCCGUGUCUGACCUCUACGACAGAGCCUUCACCUACUUCCUGUUCCUGCUGGGGGCGGCUACCGUCUCCUUCUCCUACGCCGGCAUCAUCGUGGCGGCGCGCUCUGCGUCCACGGACAGAGCGUCGGCCGUGCGGGCGCGGCGCACGCUGCUGCUGCACCUGCUGCAGCUGGGCCUCAGCAUGACGCCGUUUCUCCACACGCUCCCUGUGGAAGUUUACAUUUAUAAAUAA